GACAAAAGCGCUGCACCUAAAAACUGAGUCCCUACAAAAACACUUACGAAAGGAGAGACGUUCCCGAGCGACUUUAACUAGCAUGGAAUGAAAAUUUCACAAAUGCCAUUUGGAGACAGCCAGGUCAGGUUGCAAAUGCCUUUGUAUCCUUACGUGAAAUAGAAGAUACAUCAGUGUGAUGGAGACACUUAAGGCAGAAGAGGGUUAUAUAUUCAAGUCAGCAAAGUAAUUUACCAGGAGAAUUCUAAAAAGAUUCUGAGUCCAAAACAAACUGAUUCUGUGGAACCAAGGGCUCUCUAGAGCACAGCGGGUGCCACCUCUAUGUGGGCUUCAUGCUGUGGGCUGCUGAAUGAAGUCAUGGGAACCGGAGCUGUCAGGGGCCAGCAGUCAGGAUUUGCUGGAGGCACUGGUCCAUUCAGAUUUACAAACUCGAGUUUUUCCACUUACCCACCAGCACCUACAGAAGGGCCUAAUAUAGUUUGCAAAGCCUGUGGACUUUCAUUUUCAGUCUUUAGAAAGAAGCAUGUAUGCUGUGACUGCAAGAAGGAUUUUUGCUCUCUUUGUUCGGUCUUACAAGAAAAUCUUCGUAGAUGUUCCACUUGUCACUUACUACAACAGACGGCCUUUCAGCGCCCUCAGUUAAUGCGACUGAAAGUGAAGGAUCUGCGGCAGUAUCUCGUUCUUAGAAACAUACCAACUGACACCUGUCGGGAGAAGGAAGACUUGGUAGAUCUAGUACUGUGCCAUCACGGGCUGGGCUCUGAGGACGGCCUGGACACGAGCAGUCUGAAUUCUUCAAGGUCCCAGAAUUCUAGCUUUUUCAACACACAUUCAUUUUUUUCAAACUAUACAGCCCCUUCUGCUACCAUGUCUUCGUUUCAGGGGGAGCUUAUGGGUGGAGACUGGACCUUAAGAUCUGGAGCGCUGGCACAGGUACAGAGUGAAAUAGCCUCAGCAAACAUAGAAGAUGAUGAUGACGAUGACGACGAUGAUGACGAUGACGAUGAUGAUGAUGAUGAAGAAAACUUGGAGGAACCGAUGCCUGGCCUCUCUAAGAAAAGAGUGAGAGCUUCACUGUCUGACCUGUCAAGCCUUGAGGACGUGGAAGGGAUGAGCGUGCGCCAGCUGAAGGAAAUCCUGGCUCGGAAUUUUGUCAACUAUUCUGGCUGCUGUGAAAAAUGGGAGCUGGUAGAGAAAGUCAACCGGUUGUACAAAGAGAAUGAAGAAAACCAAAAGUCAUAUGGUGAGCGGCUGCAGCUGCAGGAUGAGGAGGAUGACAGCCUGUGCCGUAUCUGCAUGGAUGCCGUCAUCGACUGUGUCCUGCUCGAGUGUGGCCACAUGGUCACCUGCACCAAGUGUGGCAAGCGCAUGAGCGAGUGUCCCAUCUGCCGGCAGUACGUGGUGCGCGCUGUGCACGUGUUCAAGUCCUGAAGCAGAGGCUGUCCCAACAGGACGCAGGUCCCCGACAGGACACUCGCCUCCGAGCCUGAGCCCAGAUGUUUCAGUACACAGAAGGGCCUGGACACUUACCGUUCAAAGCUAUUUUUAGAAGUUAUUUUCACUACUAAUUAGGGACAGAGAUUCAUCCUAAAUUACAGCAACAUCGGUCCAUGCCAUAUGCCUGUCAGCCUGUGGACUUGCUCAGCAACCCAGGUUCGGCCCGGCUUCAUCACAUCUGUGAUCAGUAAUUGCUGAAGUCAGAUUGCUUAUGGCAUCAGCUCCUCGCUCUUUGGAGGGCAUUUAUCCUCUUAUUUUUCCUUCCUCCUAGUUUUAAAUUACUCAAAUGUUUGAAUCUUCAGUUCCCUGGAUGAGAUCACUGUCCACAUGGUGACCGUCACGGUACACAGUGAGCAGUGCCACCUCCGAAUAUUCAUUUUUGUUAGUCAUGUAUAUUUUAAAUGCUACUAUUCGAUGAAUGUACAGUUCCACAUUGUUGCUAUUUCUGCAUUUAAAAGUAAUUGGAAGCAACUGACAUUCUAUAGUCAACUGCCAGGGCCUUAGACUAAACAUGUCCAUUUUUGUUCAGGUACAGCUUUUUAUAGCAAGGGCUGCAUCUAGCUGCUUUUCAUUAGAGAAGUGUGUAUGUUAAAUUCUUUAUUAAUGUGUAAUUGGUUUACACUGUUUUGUAUAGUGAAAGUGUAUUUUCCGUGCUACCGCUAGCUAAUUUGAACUUUAGGAAUAAAAUUAGAUUUUCAAAAUGUUUUUA